AUAGAAUUACAUGCAUGGACUAGGCGAAAGCGAAAAACCUCGCUCUUUGUAUGAAGUAGACGGCACGGCGGAGGACAUGGCAGGCACAAAGCCCACAGGAUGCAGGGGGGACAGUGAGAGUCGUGCACAGUGAGUGAGACCCGUCGCCGUGUGAUAUUCCCUGGGAUUUGCGCUCCUGUCUAACUGUCUAUUCCUGUUCGCUGGGAGAAGGUCCGCCAUAUUCUGCCUUACCACGCCCGGGGAGCAGAGCCAUUGAAAAGGCUGGCAGGGGAAAUGAUUGGAGACAGACACAGUGAAUGCCACCGACAAUACACUGGCAGUGUGCGGGCAUGAAAGGGGCAUUUUCCCAGGAAUAAACCGAACUCGCUCAACGUGAAGCGACUAGAGGAUCGGGAGGAAGGAAAAUAAUGUGUGAGAGGGGGAAGGGCGCAAGCUGUUAGCUCCCUCACUACCGGGUACUUCCCAACAUCCGCAGCAGGUUUGCGCCUCACUGGGAGCCGGGACCAGCCCCGCUGCACGUCUGCCGAGAUCUAGCGCUCUCCUUCCCAUGGAUGUCACCAUGUUGUUUGGUGCAUGGUUCUGAGAGGAGGCGGAGUUGGAGCGGGCGAGUGACAGCAGAUCGGGUGUUAGGUGUCCCCCUGCGCACGGGCAACGGCAGCAAACACCCACCCACUUCAGGGUGCCAUCAGAUCCGCCGGUUACCGGGGGCACCAGAGCUGCCCGUCUCCCCCCCUCCCUUUUAUCCGAGGAGAAGAAGCUGUGACUUGCAGGGUGGGGGUCUGUCUCUAUCCAGCACCACCAGCAGUCAGGAGACAUGACUCUGGAGUCCAUCAUGGCGUGCUGCCUCAGCGAGGAGGCCAAGGAAGCUCGAAGGAUCAACGACGAGAUCGAGAGGCAGCUUCGCCGAGACAAGAGGGACGCCCGCCGGGAGCUGAAGCUGCUGCUGCUGGGCACUGGAGAAAGUGGAAAAAGCACAUUUAUCAAGCAAAUGAGGAUUAUUCAUGGAUCUGGCUACUCUGAUGAAGACAAGAGGGGCUUCACUAAGCUUGUGUACCAGAACAUAUUCACAGCAAUGCAAGCUAUGAUCAAGGCAAUGGAGACCCUUAAAAUUCCAUACAAAUAUGAACACAACAAGGGACAUGCACUGUUAAUUCGGGAAGUUGAUGUAGAGAAGGUGUCCUCAUUUGAGAACCCUUACGUAGAUGCAAUAAAAUAUUUAUGGAAUGACCCUGGCAUACAAGAGUGCUACGAUCGGAGACGGGAAUAUCAAUUGUCUGAUUCUACAAAAUAUUAUCUCAAUGACUUGGACCGUAUCGCAGAUUAUGGAUAUCUACCCUCCCAACAAGAUGUGCUCAGGGUCAGAGUGCCCACAACAGGAAUAAUUGAAUACCCAUUUGAUUUACAGAGUGUCAUCUUCAGAAUGGUGGAUGUAGGAGGGCAGCGAUCAGAAAGGAGGAAGUGGAUCCACUGCUUUGAAAAUGUCACUUCCAUAAUGUUCCUUGUAGCCCUUAGUGAAUAUGAUCAGGUGCUCGUGGAGUCUGACAAUGAGAACCGGAUGGAAGAGAGCAAAGCACUAUUUAGGACGAUUAUCACAUAUCCGUGGUUUCAGAAUUCUUCAGUCAUCCUCUUUCUAAACAAGAAAGAUCUCCUUGAGGAGAAAAUUAUGUACUCCCAUCUAGUUGAUUAUUUUCCGGAGUAUGAUGGACCACAGCGAGAUGCACAAGCAGCAAGAGAAUUCAUCUUAAAGAUGUUCGUAGAUCUGAAUCCAGACAGUGACAAAAUAAUCUACUCUCAUUUCACCUGCGCCACAGAUACGGAGAACAUUCGCUUUGUCUUUGCUGCUGUCAAGGACACUAUCUUACAGCUGAACCUGAAGGAAUACAACCUGGUCUAACUGUGCCUGCUAGCUUUCCCAACCCCUUUUGGGCCAUUGAAGAAAUGCAAAAAGGACUGUAUUAUCUUACCAGUGAAGAAAAGAAACAAUUUGCAUAAUACUAAUUUAUUGCCGUCCUGAGCUCUGUGAAUGAUCACAGAGUUUGUAGUAAUUAUUAUUUUAUUUAAACUAUGUAGAGGAAAAACUGCUGCACUAACAUGGCGGCACCAAUUUUGUAGGAGAAAAACGACUUUUGUUUUGAAUUGUAAGUCGUGCACUCACAAGGGCCUGUUUAAUUUGUAUUGCUUUUUAAUUUUUCAGAAGAGAGCAGGAUGCUCUUGGGCUCCUUCUUUAAAGUAUUUUAACCUUUUCAACUUUAAAAUUACCAUAAAGUUUCCCGUUCAAGAAUCCCUUUCUGAGCCACCUACAUUAGAAGAAAACAAUUAGGCAUAACUUUUUUUUUUUUUUUUUUUUUUUUUAUGAUUAAAUUCAAGCCAUCUUCUUUGCUAAUUUAUAUACUUUUUGAAGGAUAAAAAGUAUUGAUACUGUGAUUUUUAAAUUAUUAACAUGUAUAAAGUAGAUUUGGUUUUUGGUACUGUCUUGUCACUUUGAGGUAAGAUUCAAUGAACUCAUUAAGCAGUAGGUACAUGAGUUCACUCUUCAGCUAUCACAUAAUGAGAUGACAAAAUGGCAGAUAGGUGAGUGCUUAUGUGUGCAAAAAAAAGAAGACGAGAGGGGACUUAGCGUGCCAUUUUUUCUUUUAAGGGAAGGGGGAUUAAACCAUUGGAGAUAUUUCAACACUGAACACUACAUCUCCCCCCAACUUAGUGCAGUGUGUUCCACUAUACCGAUACAUUUCUUUUUUUAGGAUUUUUAAGGUGGUGUUAUAGAGCUUACUAAAUAAUUUGUGCAAAACCAAUAUCCAGUUGCCAAAUUUGGCUCUUUUUUUUGUACUGUACAUAGACCAUUAAAAUGCCAAAACUGACUGAUUAGGUUCCAACUGCAUCUGAUGCCUGCCAAAUAAGCCAUUUCACUUUCAUACAGUAGGUAUUUUAAUUCCUAGUAUUCCAUUAUACUUGCCAAACAGUCUGUGCAUGAAUUACCUACGCAGGUAGCCUUGUAUUUAAAGAUGUUUUUGGUGCCCUGUAUGUUGAGGUGAGGUGCCAUAUGGAUUUUUAUUUGAAAUGAAGCUCUUACUGUGAGCCUCGAAGGACCUGCAACACAGUUUAAGUGCACUCAUUUCCUGACCUUGUUAAUAAGAACAGUUACAAAUAAAAAUAGAGUAAUCCAAGAUUUUUUUUUUAAAUAUGUUCAGACCUGCUGUUAUGUGAUUUAUAUGAGAAAGAAUAUUAAAAAAGAAAAAAAAAAAGAAAUCCAAGUAUUAGUUCUUAAUGAUUAUGAAAUGCACCGAAUAAUGUCUUUCCACAGUUUCCUUUGCACAGCUUUGCCGUUUUCUACUUUUUAUUAUUAUUGUUUUUAUUUUAUUUUUUGCAGUAUACAGUUUGUGGAGUUUUUGCAAGCUGUUCAAAUGGAGGGGGGGGGGGUGCUCAGCUGUGCCAUUUGUUUCAUUGCUAUGCAGCAUGUGGGGGGUGGAAGAGGGUCAUGAAUGCUGAAGCCACUGCCUCAGGGAUGCAGAGAUGAGCUGAGAAUUAAGAAAACACUGAAUGCAGAAUGUUCACGUUUAACCCAUUCAGUCCUGACAUUUGGAAAUGUCCACAGCUGGAAGGAUUAAAUGGAUUAUAUGUUACUACUCUCUAUCCCAAAAAUCCCCCCAUAACUUUUUUUUUUUUUUUUUUUGCUCCCCAAGAAUAUACAUGUAAUUUAACAAGUAUAGUUGAAGAAAAACACUGUUUGUAGGUAUAGUGCAAUUAUAAUUGCUAUAAUCAUUGUACAUACAUCUCUCUAUUUCUAUACAUAUAUAUAUAUAUAUAUGGCAGCAUCCAUAUUGGCUUUGUAAUCAUUAGUUUUUGGCAAACUGAAUGUGCUGUAUUGAUAAAUAUGUAUCUAUGUAAUUGUAUUGUAUGUCUUAUAGCUUAUUCACAUUUCAAAUAUGUUUCCUUUUUUUUGUUUUUGUUUUUUAAGGAGAAUGUACAUUUUAUUAGUUUACCGUCGGGAUUAAUUUUUAUAUAUUUUUUCCUUUCCCACCAUUUAAAUAUUGACUAUAAACAAUAGCUCUGGUACCCAGGUAACAGAUGUCAUCUAAACUCUUUCUAAAUAUGGGUACAGUUUAUAAUGGAUAUCUAAACACAAAAAAAAAGAUAAAAAGAGAAGUGUUCAUUAAUUGCCAACAUGAAAGCUUUCUAUUUGGAGGACUCUGUUAAUGUACAGAAUGUGAAUGGAUUACAUAGUAUAGUGGUUACCUACCAGCACAAGUGUGGGGGUUCAACAUCUUUUCAGUCCUGAGAGGUUUGGAAGCUUGUCACAAUCCAUUGGAAGGACCUGAUUUUUUAGAAGGGUAUAAACAUCCUCGUGAAAAAAGAAUAUAAAAACGAAUAUAUACUUUUUCCAUGGUCCUAGUUGCACACCUAUUACUUUUUGCUAAAAGUAUUUCAGUAACAUAAAGUAUAUCACAUACGUACAGUAUAUUCUACAAGGUGUUAGCACACUUCUAUUGUAUAUAAUUGUCACCAAUGUUGAAUUUCUAGUCAGUGAAAAUAUGAAUAUAUAUUUGUUUUUCUUUUAUUUUUCAAUGAUGCUGUGACAUAAAUGAAAAUUGACACUGAAGCUUCACAAAAUUUUGCAGUAGUUGCUUUUGUUUCGGGGGGUAGGGGUCGUUAGAUUUCUAUGCACCAAUUUCUCUACAGUUAACUUUCUUGAGGAUAGGAAAACAGUGCUGUGUUCUAAGUGCUAACUGCAAAGACAUUUCCUAACCGAACCCUAAAAGAGCAGGCCCAGAGGCUGAGAUUUGUUACAUGUCAUAUUUUUCAACUACAUAUAUCACUGCAAAAAAGUAGACUGACAUCUCUGGAUGUUCUUGGGGCUAUAAUGAUUUCCAAAAAGCGAACAAAUUUCGAGAAAGUGACCAGUGAUUUUUUUUAUUUUUUUUCCUUUUUAAUCCCCCUCUUCCAGUUUGUUUUAUCUGUUUAUUAUGUAGGUAACCAACUCUUGCACAAAACUAAUAAUUUAAUGCACAGGGGUUCCCACUAAGAAUGUAUCAGUGUUUCCAGAUCUAACAGUCAUGCCUUAUAGAGCUCCAGAAUUGAUAUUUGUGCCUGAAACCUAAAUUGUAGGCAAAAAACUUUUUUUUUUCCUUAAAAUAUUGCCAAAAUGGGGUGAUUUUUUUUUUUUAUGCCCUGCAUAGGAACCUAGACCAUUGCUAGCACAAGGAAACUGUAAUAUGAGUGUUUUUUUAUUUUUAUUUUAAAUAACAAUGAAUGCGCUGUACUGCAUUGGUGAGGGUAGGUUACUAUACACAUUUUAAGUGCAGGCUAUCUUGAUGUGCUGGGGUUCAAGUGUUAAUUUUUUAGGUUCUCCUGGCACACAUCAGUUGCCUCAGUGUUGAGGAUAUAUAAUGUGUGGGGGAAGGGGCGCAUAUAAUUGCAUUGCUGGUCCUUACAGCACUUCAGUGAGUGACGUACAUAUGUUUCUCUAAAUGUGCAAGUAAAAAAAAAAAAUAUUAUUUUUUGGGAUUGGUAUGAGUUAAAAUGUGGAGAAAUGGGAUGCAAGGGCUGCAGGAUGUGGCUUUGCUCAUUUUUACUAUCUUUCUGUGGUACAUUGUACACAACUAAAGCUCUUCCUUCCUUUCCUUCUGGUAUUGCAUCACUAAUGGCAUCUUGCCACUCCUAAUAAAAUUGAAUUCAGUGGUUUGCAUUGUAUGAUGUUUUUGACUUUAAGGACAGAUGUCUCCAAUUCUGCUUUUUAUUAACACGGACCAUUAUUGUUUCAAAAAUGUUUUAUAACUAUACAUCCAACCAAAGAUUCACAAAUUGUGCUUCUGGGUGUAUAUAUGUAUAUGUUAAUUUUAUGGCACAUAUGCAGUCAUGUAUGUGCACUACAUGGUUUGCUAUGCUUUCAGUAUGUUAUUCUGGGACGUCGUCAUGUUGCCACAACUUAAACUAGACAGAAGACAGAUGUUGGAAUGUGGUAAACGUUUCAAAUCGAUAAUCAAGCAUCUGUUAAUUUUUAUUUUCAAUUUUAGUUAAUUUGGCUUAAACUUUGAAAUUAUACUUUUUAUUUAAUUGUUUAGUAUCAAAUUAAACAGUGAUGCAUUAUG